ACUACAGCGUGCGAUGAUUUUUUGGCACGUAGCUAGCUGUCUCUCUCACAUCUCUAGUUGUGGUGCACUGCAACAGAUUGCAAGAAAACAAUGGAUCGAAAACUGAUUUUGUUCAGCGUUGUCAUCCCGUUUCUAGUCAUUAAUCCGGUCAGCCAUGCUAUUCAAGCGCGCAGUGACAAGGAGCAGCCCCAAACGGUUGUGUCCGGUACGGCUGUACAAUCGGUUGUACCCGUACAGGCCCAAUCACAAGUUGGUUCCAAUUCGCAAGCAGCUUCAGCAACCAACUCGGCGUUCAAUCCGUUGGGACCGAAUGUAAUGUGCUCCUUUUUACCUCGAGAUUUUCUAGAAUGCAAAGAGCCAAUUGAUCAUCGAAAUAACGAUUCGGCAAAAAAUGAGAAGGGCUACGGCUGUCUUCAUUUUGGUGGUUCCAACUAUGAGGAUGUGGAGCACACUAAAGUCCAAUGCACAGUUUACACGGAUAUCGACUGCUACGGGGCACGCACAUUCUUUCGGGAUGGCGUGCCAUGUGUACGUUACACAGAUCACUAUUUCGUAACCACACUGAUUUACAGCAUGUUGCUGGGCUUCUUGGGCAUGGAUCGAUUUUGCUUGGGCCAAACCGGCACUGCUGUGGGCAAACUAUUGACAAUGGGCGGCGUUGGCGUCUGGUGGAUUAUAGACGUAAUAUUGCUUAUAACGAAUAAUUUGUUACCGGAAGACGGUAGUAACUGGAAUCCAUAUGUCUAAACUAAAGUAUGUGGGAUUGUGAUAAUAUUAAGUAGUAAAAGCAUUGUAAAUAAAAUAAAUGUUAAGAUAA